UUCAAUGACCACAAAGCGAGUCAAUUGUCCGCUAAAAUCAAGUCCACGUAUAAACUGAAGGCUUCGGGACGUAAUAUAUUCAAAGGUCAGAACAUUUCGGGACAUCUCAUCAAUAAGUAUGAGUGGCAUAAGGAUGGCCUCUGGUAUAUCACCACUACUGCCAAACAGCAGAAACAGUUCAUCGCUACCGCUUCGGCCGACGGCACGGCAUGUGUUUGCGAUGUGACAAAAAUGGAUGCAAACAUUUCACCGUUUCUGUCAUAUGUCGGACAUUCGGGAUGUUCUGUGAAUUGCGUCAAAUUUCAUCCCAAUUACGAUCUGGUGAUGACCGCCGCCGGCGACGGUACUACACAUAUAUGGAGACCCAAUCUGGAACAUUAUCUGCAGAGAAGUACUGAAAGCGAAGACACUUCAGAGAUGCCAGAAGAGUGUCAAGUGAUUAAGAGCUCAAUAUGCGAACUGACGGGCCAUCAGAGUGUCGUCAUUUCGUGC